AUGACGACCAUACUCUCGAUCGACGCAUCCCAGCGUUUGGAUUCACGCGGCAACCCAACUGUGCAAGUCUGUCUUCGCACCGACAAGGGUACUUUUCGAUCGAUUGUACCGUCCGGCGCAUCCAAAGGCGACUAUGAAGCUGUCGAACUCCGUGAUGGGAACGAAAAGGAGUAUCAUGGCCAAGGAGUACUUGGCGCAGUCGAGAACGUCACAAGGGUUCUCGCACCCCAGAUCAUCGACAAGAACUUCCAGCUUCCAGAAGACGUGCGCAAGAUCGAUGCAUUUAUGAUAGAGCUCGAUGGAACUCAAGAUAAGGGGAAACUGGGUGCCAAUGCUAUACUAGCUAUCAGUAUGGCUGUAUGGAGAGCCGCAGCUUCGGCGAAAGGAGUGCCGCUUUACCAGUUCCUGCAACAAUCUUGCGGCACCCAGCAGUCAUACGUCAUGCCCGUGCCGUUCUUCAAUGUCCUCAAUGGAGGUGUGCAUUCCGGCAAUACAAUGGCUUUCCAAGAGUUCAUGAUUGCGCCUGUUGGCGCCGACAGCAUGACUGAGGCCGUCAGGAUGGGUGGGGAGGUCUAUCAAUCACUCAAAGGAGUCAUCGUGAAGCAGUAUGGACCAUCAGCGAUAGGCGUUGGCGAUGAGGGUGGCUUUUCUCCACCGAUCUUGACUCCACACGAAGGGCUUGACCUAUUGGUAACAGCGAUCGAAGCAAGCGGGCACGCUGGGAAGGUCAAGAUCGGCAUUGAUCCAGCGUCUCAAGAGUUUUUCAAUGAGAAGGAUCACUCGUAUGACUUGGGAUUCAAGCGGAAAAGCUCAGAGCAGGGUGUCAAUUUUGACGCUGAAGCUUUGGCGAAGCUGUACUAUGAGAUCCUUGAACAGUACCCUGUCGUACUGUUGGAGGACCCAUUCGGGCAGGACGACUGGCCGGCUUGGACAUCUUUCAAUGCAGAUUGCUCCAUCGAGCUGGUCGGCGAUGAUCUCCUCGCGACGAACAGGGGGCGCAUUGAGAAGGCCCAUCAAGAAAAAGCCUGCAACGCUUUGUUGCUCAAGAUCAACCAGAUCGGUACCAUCACUGAAGCGAUUGAUGCAGCAAAACAGGCGUACAGUUACGGCUGGUCGGUUUUUGUGUCGCAUCGCUCGGGAGAAACGACUGACGACUUCAUUGCCGAUCUGACCGUCGGGUUGGGCACUGGACACCUGAAGUCUGGAAGUCCGUGUCGUGGCGAACGUGUGGCAAAGUACAACCGCUUGUUGGAUAUUGAAGAAGAGUUGAUGCGAAUUGGGGACAAGGCGCUGUACGCGGGCGAGAACUUCCGGGUGAAGCAUGAUUCUUAA